CGACGACAGCUGCAGCAUGGCGCACGCCGAGAUGCGGGCGGCUCUCGAGCAGCGGCUUGGAGCCCUGGCCAUCCGCACCGAGGUCGUCGAGCACCCCGAGGUGUUUACAGUUGAAGAAAUGAUGCCUCAUAUCCAACAUUUGAAAGGAGCACAUAGUAAGAACUUAUUUCUUAAAGACAAAAAGAAAAAAAGCUAUUGGCUGGUGACAGUUCUUCAUGAUAGACAAAUAAAUUUAAAUGAUCUUGCCAAGCAGUUGGGUGUUGGGAGUGGAAAUCUGAGGUUUGCUGAUGAAACAGCCAUGCUAGAAAAACUAAAAGUUGGCCAAGGCUGCGCUACACCCCUGGCACUCUUCUGUGAUGAAGGAGAUGUGAAAUUUGUUCUGGAUUCUGAUUUUCUGGAAGGUGGACAUGAAAAGGUAUACUUUCAUCCAAUGACCAAUGCUGCAACCAUGGGACUGAGCCCUGAAGACUUUCUCACAUUUGUGAAGAAGACAGGACAUGACCCCAUAAUACUACAUUUUAACAAAAACAACUAGCUGGGCUAAAGUUUAGGAUAAAUUUAUUUCUGAAAGUUAUUCUUAUUUGUUCUUUACAAAAAGCAUGAAAAGCAAUCAGAAAAGUUAAUACCCUUGUUUGACUACCUAGAUCUUUUUAGAAGGACUAGUAUUUUUUUGGCAAGUGAUUUUAGUUUUAAUUUUUUUUAUUAGACAAGUUGUGGGUUUACAGAACAAUCAUGCAUAAAAUAAUGGGAUUUCCAUGUACCACCCCACCACCAACACCUUGCAUUGGUG